UCCUGAGAUGGGAGACCACAGGGCAAUUUUAGCUGCCAAGGAAGGAGAUUUGACUACCUUGAAGCAGCUGCAUGUAGAUGGUGCUUUGCGUCGGAAUAUCACUGACAGCUUGGGAGCAGGUCUGGUCCAUCAUGCGUCACGAGCAGGCAGGCUGGAGUGCCUCAAGUUCCUUGUACUUCAAGCAAAGCUUCCCAGGAAUCAGAGAGCGAACAAUGGUGCAACUCCAGCACAUGAUGCGGCAGCCAUGGGCAACUUGGCCGAACUGCAGUGGCUGAUCAAAGAUGGAGGGUAUAGCAUGCAGGAACAAGACGCUUCGGGGGCUUCUCCACUCCAUCUGGCUGCUCGCUUUGGACAUUCAGAGGCUGUUGAGUGGCUGAUCCAGGCUGGCUACAAUCCUGCAACAGAGACCCGGGAGGGAGCAGUGCCAGCCCAUUAUGCAGCAGCCAAGGGAGAUCUGACCUGCCUGAAGCUGCUGGUUGCUGCAGACCGAAGUUGUGUGAACAAGCAGACUCAGAGUGGAGCUACCCCGCUGUAUCUUGCCUGCCAGGAGGGCCACCUCCACAUUGUCCAGCUCCUGGUGAAGGACUGUGCAGCGGAUGUGCACCUGAGAGCCCAUGACGGCAUGACAGUACUUCAUGCAGCGGCCUGUGGUGGCCACUAUGCUGUUGUCAUCUGGCUGGUGACCUUCACUGAUGUCAGCCUUACUGCACAGGACGAGGAAGGUGCCACUGCACUCCAUUUUGCUGCCAGAGAGGGACAUGCUGCUAUCGUGGACAGGCUGCUCCUUAUGGGUGCUGAGGUGAUGCUGGACCACUGGGGAGGAACCCCUCUCCAUGAUGCAGCAGAGAAUGGGCAGCUGGAGUGCUGUCAAACGCUGAUCUCCCACCAGGCAGAUCUAGAGGUCCGUGAUGGGGAUGGUUACACUGCUUGGGAGCUGGCAGAAUACAAUGGACACAGGCAGUGUGCGCGUUACCUACAGGAGGCAGAGAAGCUGGCUGGCCAGCAAUGUGACUCUAGCAGUCAGGAGGCUCGAACAGCCGAGACUGAAGCAACGAGGUCACAGAGAAGCAGUAAAUAUCACAUACCAGCAGUGAGACAAGACUGCCUAAAGAUACUGAGUGAUGACACCACAGUCAUGGAGAAUGGCCAGACCCAACAGCCAAUGAGAUAUCUUCAGGCAAAUGUAAGCCAUAAGCCAGGCACACAGAAAGCAGCUAACAGCACUUUCCAGGAAGCACCCUCUCCAAAGACUUUCAGCAGGGUGAAACCCAGUGAAUCCGACAAAUCACCAAUAGCUGAACUGAAGAUCAACAAAUCUCUUCAGAAGGCCAGGAUCACAGCAUUGUUCGCAAACUCGGGUGAGAAGACAGAGCCACCAGACACAAUGGUGCCCAAGAAACUCCUUUCAAUGCUGGAUGAGCUGGGAACAUCGGACAUCGAUGCACUGGUGCCUACUCAUGAUGAGCAAGGUUGUUCCAUCCCAGAGUGGAAGCGGCAGGUGAUGGUGAGGAAAUUGCAGGCCCAGCUGGCAUCUGAAGAAGGGAUGGACAAGAAGAACAAAGGAAGCUGCCCACUGCUGGAGAUGCAUGACUGGCAGUACUCUCAGGCACACAAUGCCAUCCUAGGCCCCUAUGGGGAGCUCCUGACAGAGGAUGAUCUCCUGUACUUGGAGAAGCAGAUUGAGAAACUGCAGAUAAAGAAGAAGUGCCAGGAGUGUCGGAGCGAGCUAGGCCGCCUGACUGAGGAGCUGCAGACAGUUCUCCCUGCUCCACUCAUCAACAUCACAGUAAACAGGCAAUUCUUGCAGCAGAGCUCUGAGGAUGACAACCAGGAACUCCCGGCCUGGUGUAGCCAGGUGUCUGGAGUGGUAAAAAGCAUGUCCCUGUUGCUCACCAACCUCAACAUCAUGAAGAAAGAGGGAGAGAAUGACAACCCAGCUCCCAAGGUACUUCUUAAAGCAAGCGACCCCAGGCGUUUUUCAGGAGGCACUGCCGAGAGAGAGAUCCUGGAGUGUGGAGUCUCUGUAAGGGAUCUGAGGGACAAUUUUGAAAAACAAGCUCUCAUGGGGCAAUGCAAACCCCUUGAGCUCCAAAGGCUGAAGGCCAUGCCUUGGGAACAUGAGACUGGCGAGGAGGCAAUCUCUCAGAUGCUUUCAGGUAUUUGCAAGGGCAAGAAACAAUUAGCCUGUGAAGAACAUGAGUUUGGAGACAUGGAGAAUGCCAGCGACUCUGGCAUCAGCUGUGAGGAAGCCUUCUCUGACGUGAGUGGAUCUCCUGUCUCCACAGCCGAGUCUAGCACCCUCCGAAAGGAACGUAUUGUGCUGCUUUUUCUAAGCCACUGGAAGAAAUCUGCCUAUACUCCCUCCUUGAAAUUCGUGGCCAAGAAGACUCUAGAUGCCCAACAGCCUGGAAAAUUCGGAUUGGCAGAGGUUAUGUCAGAGGCCAGGAAGCAGCAGGGCCCUAUGCAGAAGCCUUUGGUGGAACCAAGCAAACUUGGCCAUCUAGUUCAGCAGAGCUACACCAUCAAGAAUCUGAUCAGCCACUGGAAAGACAUAAUCUCUCUUGUGCCCUCUCGGCAAAUCAGGCGUCUCAGUCACCGGCACACAAUCUAUUCUCCGGAACAGUUCCUGCCCUAUGUUAAUGGCAAGCCUGUUCAUUACAACAGCUUAACUCUUGACCUCUUUAUGCUUGGCUAUUUCCAUAUCCUCGAGCUGGAUUUAUCUGCAGAAGAACGUAAGACAAGACAUCUCCUUUGCUUUGAAGUGUUUGAUCACUUGGGUAGGUAUCAAUGGGAAACAGUACGUGCCUUUCACAAGGCAGUGGUUGAUGAAAUAGCUGCAGGCAGAAGAGGCUGGAAAGAUAGUUUUGAGGACAUUAAAAUCCGAUUUUUUGCUAAGAACAAGGAAGCAACCAAGAACAUGGAACCCAAAAGGACAUCAGUGGAAACAGAUAUGAAAUCAGUGUCCCAAGCUCGGGUCCAGUAUGUAGAUCCUGAACAGGGGGAUCAAGUCCCAGGAAAAUGCUUUGAAGUAGGGAGCUUUAGCAAUGAUGAAAUCUGCAGAUACAUUGAAAGGAGCUUUGCUUUCUGGAAAGAAAAAGAAGCAGAAAUCUUCAACUUUGAAGAGUCGCGGGCUUUUCAUUAGCAGUCUUUAUUUAUGAACAGAAGCCUAAAGAUCCAAAGCAACCAGAGGGACCUGAUGGCACUAAGAUGUCUGUCUUAUUCCUUGGAUGUUGCAUGGGAAAAGCAGACAUAAGCUGUUCAUUUUUGUGAAUUGUUAGAAAUGCUUGCAAGAUUCAUGAAUGGCUGCAUGUAACAAAUCCUAGUGACGAGUUCUCUGUUGCAAAGCACCCUCAGGAGAAGGGAUGAGUGGGAAGGAAGUGUUUAACCCAUGCACUGCCAGAGUUGCCCCCAUCCACCCACCCGCCCACAACCACAAAGUCUCCCAGCUGCUUUUACUCUUGCCAAUGUUCUGGACCUGUGGUUUUUUGUGAAUAUGGGUCUGGAGCCCUGUAAGGGUAGAAGCAACUUGGGAAGGGGAGUUCAAGUUGGGAAGGGGAAGUUCAAGAAAAAAUGGGCUAGCAGAAGAAGGGUAAAGCACUCUUUCUCAACUCUGCCUCCAUUUCAAAAGAGGAGAAGGAGCUGUCACAGCAACUGUAGUGUAAUGCGUUCUUUGCCCCUAAGUUGGAGUUAUGCAGGACAUACAGAAUUAGGCACUCUUUUCAUAUUGAUUUUUCUGACAUUUGUUUUUCAAUUAUGCUAGGACAUAGCCUGAAGUUAUAUCUUGGUAGCUUAUGAAUUGUCAAUAUGUACCUGUUCUUCUCCCAAAUACACAUUUGACCAAUACCCAUUCAAAAGGUGAUCAUUAUCCAAGCAUGUGUCUGAAAGUUAAAUUAAUUUGCUUACAUACCAUGCAGCACCCCACCAGUUCAAAAGCGAGAGCCUGUACUGAUUCUUUCUGAUUCUAAGUCACGUCCAUGCUGUUUCUGAACUUGGAGAGGCUCUGUGGCAACUAAGAAUUGCUUUGGCGUUGACGCAACGCUUCUCCAUUAGGAAAAAUGGGAGAGACAUUGUUUCAAUGUUGAUGUGAUUCUUAGCUGUCAUGGAGCCGCCCCAAGCUCAGAAACAGUGCAGAGUCAGCUUAGAAUCAGACAGAACCGGAGCAGGUGUCCCACUCUUGGAUUGGUGGGGCACUCUGUGCAGUAUAUAGGCUAUCUUGUAUAUGACUAUCCACUAAUUACAAGGAUACUUAUUUUUUAGGUUUUUCCUAGCAUGUGUCUUGGGCCAAUUAAUUUGUGUAUUUCUCAUGUGGUAUAGUCCUUGUGCAGGGAUUAUGCCAUCUUACUUUUGUUAAGAGGUGAGAAUUCUAAAGCAUUGCUCUUAGUAACCUCUUCUGACCACUAGAGGCAUUAUGAGAUGUUAAUAGGUCUGUCUUAGUCAGUUAGAACUGUUCAGUUGUUGUUGAAGGCUAGUGCCUGUUUGUGUAUGUUGUUAAAUUACUCUCUCUCUCAGUAUGAGAUGUUUUAGUUUCUUAAUAAAUCUUUAUUUGUUUUUUGAACUCAA